GUCAAGUUUAAGAGGAUGUGGAACCAUCCAAUCAUGCAACUUGUCUUUAUUGCAUGUGUCACAAUUGGUGCAGUUUUUGGAGUACUCACAGUAUAUCUGAUAAAAAGGUGCAGCUCCAAGUGUAAAAAAGCUGGACCAAAGGAAGCUGAGGAAGGCAAAGCAGGAUUUGUGCAGAAUAAUGGUGCACCAAAAGAAGCUGAGGAAGGCACGACAGGGUGUGUUCAGAAAGAAGUUGGACCAAAGGAAGCUGAGGAAGGCAAAGCAGGUUUAGUGCAGAAUGAAGUUGGACCAAAGGAAACUGAGGAAGGCAAGGCAGGGUUUGUGCAGAAGAAAGUGAAGAAGCAGAGAAAAGUGAAGAAGCAGCAAGAAGUGAAGUAGUCACAUUGGCCGGUCAAAAGCCGGUAGGCCAGCAGUGGAAAGAUGAAGAUCAGCUACCUGCCACAUUGAAGUCUGAGCUUGUGGAAAGUCUGACAACAUAGGACACCUUUUUAGUUUAACAUUUUUACCAAAGCUUUUACUGUGUUUUAUCAUUUUAAUAAACAUUAUAUUUUUUUUAAA